AUGCCUGCGGGAGCGCAGGACCACCCGAGCUCUGCCUCGGCCCGCAGGGUUCCACGCCGGAGGGGCGUGGGAUCUGAUAUUGAGAUGGUGAAUUCUGAACAUGGUGUAGCCAAUGAUUCGUCUUUUGAGCACGAGGAAGUUCAAGUUUUGUCAGGUGCAUUUUCAUCUCAACAUAAUGAUGAUGAAUCAAGUAGUGAUGAAAUUGAUCAUCAGCCCAGUCCUGCUUUUAGACGUCGCCGUGCUAGGAAAAAGACUGUUUCUGAUUCAGAAUCUGAAGAGGGAUCGCCUGCUGAAUGGGAGCCCGAACCUUGCAAGGAGAACUUGGAUAAGCACCAGUUCAGUAAUGGUCUUAAUAAAUGUGUCAUACUUGCUUUGGUGAUUGCCAUCAUCAUGGGAUUUGGGGAUAUCUAUGGACAGGAGUCUUUUAUAGAUAAGUCAUUGAAGGAAAACCUUGCUAGGUGUUGGACCCUUACCGAAGAAGAGAAAAUGUCUUUUGAAAGUCAGCAAAAGACCCUUGUUACAGAAAAUGAAUAUUUAAGAUUAUCUCUGGAGAAGGAAGAAAAAGCCUUGAAUUCAUUACAGGAAGAGUUAAGAAAACUAAGAGAAAAGAUCAGAAUACUGGAAAAUAAAGAAACAAGUACUGAAUUAGUUACAGAAAAUCAGAAACUAAGACAGCAUUUGGAAGAGGAAAAGAAGAAGACAUAUAGCUUUCUUAAUCAAAGGGAAACUUUACUAGAGGAAGCAAAGAUGCUAAAGAAGGAGCUAGAGAGAGAACAGCUAUUAACCAGUGCUCUAAGGGCAGAACUCCAGAAGUUAAGUGCUAGUCAGUCAAAUGGCCGUCCAGACUCUCCUAAUGUACUGACUGAAAAAGAGGAAAUAGAAACCUUACGGGAAAGACUCACUGAGCUGGAGCGGAAGCUAAUCUUCGAACAGCAGCGUUCAGAUCUGUGGGAAAGACUGUAUGUUGAGGCAAAAGAUCAAAUUGGAAAACAAGAAACGGAUGGAAAUAAGAAGGGGAGCAGGGGAAACCAGACGGCACAAAAGAAGUCAAAAGAAACGUUUUUGGGUUCAGUUAAAGAAACAUUUGAUGCAAUGAAAAAUUCAACCAAAGAAUUUGUGAGGCAUCAUAAAGAAAAAAUUAGACAGGCUAAAGAAGCAGUGAAAGAAAAUCUGAAAAAAUUUUCAGAUUCCGUUAAAUCUACUUUUAGACAUUUCAAAGUUACCAUCAAAAAUAUCUUUGAAAAGAGAAAUAAAAGAUAUGGUGCUCCAAAAGAAGCAGCAGCUAAAAAAUCAAGAACAGUUUAUCGAGCGCAUUUAUACCCACAAUACAAGGCGACAACACAAAAGCAGCAAAAUAGAGGCCCUGCCACGCAGAGGGAGGGCAGGAGAGCAAACUAUCAUUCUUUGAGAAAAGGUUGUUCUGAUGUAUUUGACUGUGCUCGGCAAGAAUCCCUUAGUCUUUUUAAUGUAGUGUUGAAUCCUGUAAGAAUAGAGGAAUUUAGACAGCUGAUGGUAAAAUACUUACUAGAAGAACUGGAUGGUUUCCGUCAUUGGCAAGAACUUGAUCAAUUCAUCAAUAAGUUCUUCCUAAAUGGUGUCUUUAUACAUGAUCAGAAGCUCUUCAUUGACUUUGUUAAUGAUGUUAAAGAUUAUCUUAAAGCCAUGAAGGAAUAUCGAGUAAACAAUGAUGGCGUGUUUGAGAAUUUGGAUGGAUAUAUAUAUAGACACUUCCUUGGUGACACUUUCCCCCCUCCAUAUGGACCCAGUCGACCUGAUAAAAAGCAACGUAUGGUAAAUAUUGAAAACUCCAGGCAUCGAAAACAAGAGCAGAAGCACCCUCAGCCACAGCCAUAUAAAAGGGAAGGUAAAUGGCAUAAAUAUGGUCGUACUAAUGGAAGACACAUGGCGAAUCUUGAAAUAGAAUUGGGGCAAUUACCUUUUGAUCCUAAAUAUUGA